UGAUUGAAAGACUUCAUGGCUGUCUCGUUACCUAGCUGAAUUCCGAGUCAAUUACCAUCCUUAGGAGAGCGCGAUUAGCAGACAGCUGCCGCUGAUCGGACAACCAACUUAAAGAGACCCACUCAUUGACCCAACGGUCAGGUUUUUUUGCCAGAUUCAUUCCAGUGAUGCACAUGGAUCGGAAGUCAUGCCCGACCUGGAGAUGAAGCCCUUCCGGUUGGAUUUGAAUUGGAUGUUAACACCCUGAAACCCCGAAAGAUUCCCAGUGUAUGUUGGGUGGCGAGCCACAGACCCACGAGCAAAAGUCUUUGCGCAGUCUCACUUUCCCUUCCUCACGGAUUGUGGGGUAGGGUCCACAAGUACUGGCAUACUGAUACCGGAACAGUUCUGUGUACAGGAAAAUGGCCGAGGCCAGUAUUGCAGUAGAUCGGGAUCAGUUCAUCUGUCCAGUGUGUCUGGAUCUCCUGAAGGAUCCGGUGACUCUCUCCUGUGGUCACAGUUUCUGUAAGGUGUGUAUUAAUGACUGCUGGGAUCAGGAGGAUCAGAGUGGAGUUUAUAGAUGUCCUCAGUGCAGAGACACUUUCACUCCAAGGCCUGUUCUACGCAGAAACAACAUGCUGGCUGAAGUGGUGGAGAAACUGAAGAAGAAGACUGAAGUCCAAGCUGCUUCUCCUGCUCACUGUUACGCUGGACCUGGAGAUGUGGAGUGUGAUUUCUGCACCGGGAGAAAACACAAAGCUGUCAAGUCCUGUCUGAUGUGUCUGGCCUCAUUUUGUGAAACUCAUCUGAAACCGCAUUAUGAAGUUUUUGCUUUAAAAAAGCACCGUUUAGUGGAAGCUUCUGGAAAUCUAGAAGAGAAGAUCUGCUCUGAGCAUGAUAAAGUGCUGGAGAUCUACUGUCGUACUGACCGACGCUUCAUCUGUUAUCUGUGUGUGACGGAUGAACACAGAAGCCACGACACUGUCUCAGUUAAAGCUUACAGAACUGAAAAACAGAGUGAGUUAAAGGAGGAGCAGAUGAAAUCCCAGCAGAGAAUCCAGGAGAAGCAGAAGAAGGUGCAGGAGCUGAAACAGGCUGUGAACACUAUAAAGCUGAGUGCACAGACAGCAGUGGAGGACAGUGAGAGGAUCUUUACUGAGCUGAUCAGCUCCAUGGAGAAAAAGCGCUCGGAGGUGACGGAGCUGAUCAGAGCUCAGGAGAAGACUGAACUGAGUCGAGCUGAACGACUCCUGGAGCAACUGGAGCAGGAGAUUGCUGAUCUUCAGAGGAGACUCACUGAGCUGGAGCAGCUUUCACACACACACGAUCACAUCCAGUUCCUCCAGAGUCUCCAGUCUCUCAGUGUCUCUUCUGGACGUGAGGACUCACCCAGCAUCACUGUCAAUCAACAUCUCUCAUUUGAUGGAGUGAGGAAAUCUCUCUCUGAUCUGAAAAAGAGACUCGAGGAAUUCUGCCAGGAGGAGUUCAUCAAAAUCCCUCAACAUGCUGCAGCAGUUCAGAUGAUUUUACCCUCAGAACCAAAGAGCAGAGAAGAUUUUCUGUACUAUUUCUGUGAUCUGACUCUGGAUCCCAACACGGCACAUUGUUUCCUCAUUCUGUCUCAGAAGAACAGAGCCGUGACAGACAGUAGGAAACAUCAGCUGUACUCUGAUCAUCCAGAGAGAUUUGACUCAUAUUCUCAGGUGUUGAGUAAGGAGAGUGUGUGUGGACGCUGUUACUGGGAGGUGGAGUGGAGCAGUGAGGAGUGUGUGUACAUAGCAGUCUCAUAUAAAAGCAUCAGCAGGAAAGGACGGGGUAAUGAGUGUUGGUUUGGAGGCAAUAAUCAGUCUUGGGGUCUGAGGUGUUCUUCAUCUUCCUUCUCCUUCCGGCACAACAACAAUAAGACUGAUCUCGGAGCUCCAUCAUUUUCCAGAAUAGGAGUGUAUGUGGAUCACAGUGCAGGAACUCUGUCCUUCUACAGCGUCUCUGACACGAUGAAGCUCCUCCACAGAGUCCACACCACAUUCACUCAGCCUCUGUACGCUGGAUUCUGGCUGCGUUGUGAAAAAUCGACUGUAAGGUUUUGUGAUCCAAGAAUAAAAUAUGGAAAAAAAUAGGAAAAUUAUAUUAAAGA